AUGGCGUAUGCAGCAGUAAAGGGAAACCAGGCCAACUCCUCUUCAAGCACAUUCACUCCGUCUCAGCUGGCCGCGCGCCUUCGCAAUUUUGCAGCCGUCAUCGGCCAUCCCUCGCAUGUCUUCGGCCGUCUCCACCAAACCCGCUGCGCCAAUCAGCCGAACCCGACGACCGCAGAACCGGAAAUGAAGACGGUUUGCCUUGAAGACUAUCAGCGGCAGAUUCAGGAGAGGGACGAGGUGAUCACGCAUUUGCGAAAACAGGUGGCUUUCAAGGACGACCAGAUAGCGUAUUUGGCCUCGGAGUUGGACAAGUACCAGUCAGUUUUCAAUCAAAAGCCUUCGGUUCUGAGAAUGAGUCGAAGCUGUCGACACAAAGUUGGCGUUUGCGGUGGCAAAGGCGACCCGGAUGGAUGCACGAGGAAGCGUGGAAUCGGGAUUUCUGCGGAACCGCAAGUUCUCAAGCUGGACGAGAAGGAACAUCCCAAACACUACCCAAAAACGGCCAAGUAA